AAGAAAGUCACCAGGGGGUGGGGAAAUGGUAACAGCUCCAGGAAGCCGCCGGCGGCACCGAGAGACACCGAGGGAAGGCAGCCCGCGGGGUGGCAGCUGCCAGCCCGCACCCGCCGCCAUGAGCUCCCCGCAGCGGCCGCCGCUCGCUCACGUCUUCAAGGGGACCUUCGUGCACUCCAGCGCCUCCGCCCCCAUGGAGAUCCUGCACGGACACCUUCUGGGGGUGGACGAUAACGGGACAAUUGUGUUUGUGGAACAAGCUGAUCAGCUAGAGCAACUGGCUAAGACGUGGGGGUUCAAAACAUCUGACAUAAGACAACUGAGUAAACAUGAAUUCUUCAUGCCGGGAUUGGUUGAUACACAUAUUCAUGCUCCUCAGUAUUCAUUUACUGGUACAAGAGUAGACCUGCCUCUUUUGCAGUGGUUGACUGCAUACACAUUCCCAACAGAAGCCAAAUACCAGGACAGUGGUUUUGCAGAAGAAGUGUACACCAGAGUUGUUAGACGAACUCUAAAGAAUGGCACGACUACAGCUUGCUACUUUGCAACAAUUCACACAGACAGUUCCCUUCUUCUUGCUGAAAUUAUAGAUAAAUUUGGUCAACGAGCAUUUGUUGGAAAAGUCUGCAUGGAUGUGAAUGACAGUGUUCCAGAAUACAAAGAGAUUACUGCUGACUCUAUCCAAGAGACAGAAAGGUUUGUUAGAGAACUACUGGAAAAGAAAUAUCCCAGAGUACAGCCUAUCAUAACCCCCCGCUUUGGCCCCUCUUGCACAGAGGACUUGCUGAAUGCCCUUGGGGAUUUAGCACAAACCCACGAUCUCCACGUGCAGAGUCACAUAAGUGAGACUGAGGAAGAAAUCAAACUUGUGGAGGACAUGUUUCCUGCCUACCAGAAUUACACUGAACUGUAUGAUAAAAACAAGCUGCUAACCAGCAAGACUGUGAUGGCACAUGCCUGUCAUCUUUCUGAAGAAGAGCUGAAACUUUUUAGUCUUCGUGGAGCUGCAAUUUCACAUUGUCCCAAUUCUAACUUUUCGAUGUGCAGUGGUGUCUUAAAUGUGCAAAAGGUUCUCGAACACAAUGUGAAGCUUGGUCUUGGGACAGAUGUUGCAGGUGGAUAUUCGGCUUCUAUGCUUGAUGCUAUAAGGAAAACAAUGGUGGCAUCUAAUAGCCUUCAGAUCAAUAAAGUGAAUGAAACAGGACUAACUCUUAAAGAAGCUUUUCAGCUAGCCACUCUGGGAGGAAGCCAAGCUCUAGGACUGGGUGAUGUGAUUGGAAACUUUGAGGUGGGAAAAGAAUUUGAUGCACUGUUAAUCAACACGAAGGCUUCAGAUAGCCCUUUUGACUUGUUCUCUGCUGAUGAUUUUGAGGACACUCUCCAGAAGUUCCUGUAUCUAGGUGAUGAUCGGAAUAUUUCUGAAGUGUAUGUGGCUGGAAAGCAAGUGGUUCCUUUUUCAAGCUCUGUAUAAAUCAGUUUUCUCUUUGCAAAAUACUCUGCUGAUCAUUCUGCAUCUGAUUUGGAAAAGAUUGAUUAAGCACAGUGCCUGAUCAUCAAGAAUGACACCUCACUUUUGGAUAAUGUUAAAAACUUGCAUACAUUGAAAAUUUCAUUAGACC